UUAUUAACAUAGCUCCUCCCUUUCUUUGGCCCGUCCCCCUCCUUAAGUGUCCGAAGACGCGAGCCCUCCUUGCCGGAGCUCAUGAUUAUGCAGUAGCCUUAUUAGCGUAGCCCCCCCCCCGGGUCCCGCCCGGCUCCCCCGCAGGCGGUAGCGAAGGCAGCAGCAGCGGUGGCGACAUGAGCAGCGGGGCGGCGUCCGGGACAGGGCGGGGGCGGCCCCGGGGCGGGGGACCUGGGCCCGGGGACCCCCCGCCCAGCGAGACACACAAGCUGGUGGUCGUGGGCGGCGGCGGCGUGGGCAAGAGCGCGCUGACCAUCCAGUUCAUCCAGUCCUACUUCGUGUCUGACUACGACCCCACUAUUGAGGACUCCUACACGAAGAUCUGCAGUGUGGAUGGCAUCCCGGCCCGGCUGGACAUCCUGGACACCGCAGGCCAGGAAGAGUUCGGGGCCAUGAGAGAGCAGUACAUGCGUGCCGGCCACGGCUUCCUUCUGGUGUUCGCCAUUAACGACCGGCAGAGUUUCAACGAGGUGGGCAAGCUCUUCACGCAGAUUCUCCGGGUCAAGGACCGCGACGACUUCCCCGUUGUGUUGGUCGGGAACAAGGCUGACCUGGAGGCACAGCGCCAGGUCCCCCGAUCAGAAGCCUCUGCCUUUGGCGCCUCCCACCACGUAGCCUACUUUGAGGCCUCGGCCAAACUUCGUCUCAACGUGGAUGAGGCUUUUGAGCAGCUGGUGCGGGCCGUCCGGAAAUACCAGGAACAAGAGCUCCCACCGAGCCCUCCCAGUGCCCCCAGGAAGAAGGGCGGGGGCUGCCCCUGCGUCCUCCUGUAGCCCAGGCAAGAGAGAAGCAACCAGCACAAGCUCUCGGGACUAGCUGCCUUCGCACCUUGCUGUGUGACCUGAGGCCCUCACUGAGCCUCAGUUUCCUCAUCUGGGUCUCCCAGGACACAUCACAUACCCACCCUUACUUCCUGGCCUCUUCUGGGCUACUGCCACUGUGUGCCUUCUGCCAACGCCUCCUGUCCCCACCUAAGCCUGGUGGGGGUGAGGGGCUCCGGGUCACUGCUGUAUAUAACUCCCCUCCCCCAGAAAAAUAAACAUCACUGCCAACAUCA